AAGGCCUCUUCCGGGGGAACCCGUAAAUGUUUCGGCCUCCAAAGAAAACGGAAAACCCAACCUCUGCUAAAGCCUCAAUUGAAACCCUUGCAAAACCUCCCAAGAGGUUUCCCCCUCCUUGUUCUUGCUUUCGAUUUUGGAAUUAUGGAUGAGGGAGUAGAUAAUGAGAGACAAGAGUACACUCUGGUGGUAAGGAAGUCCUAUUUUGGUCUCCCCACCGCAUGUCCUUCAUGCCUCCCUGUUUACAUCUAUCUGAAGUUUGCUCAGCUCCCUUUCCGUUUGGAUUUCAACUCUACCUACCCCGAUUCUGAUCAAAUUCCUUAUAUUGAGUCUGGUGAUUACGUGGCCUACAAUAAUGAGAAUGGUGGGGUGAUUGAAAGUUUAAAAAAGAAUGGCAUUGUUGAUUUGGAUUCUGAGUUCUACUCAGUCCCAGAAUGGUUAUCAACAAAAGCGAUGGUUAUUUCUUGGAUUGAAGAUGCACUUAUGUAUGAACUCUGGGUGGGUUCUGAUUGUACUCCUGCCAAGAAGAUCUACUAUUCGAAUCUUCCAUGGCCAAUAGGAAAGGUUCUUUUCUUAAAGCAAGUUUACUCAGUCAAGCAACGACUUGGAAUAACUAAGGACAAUGCCGAGCAAAAGGAAGAAGAGAUUUACAAGAGAGCCAACAUUGCAUAUUCUGCCCUGUCAACUAGGUUAGGGGAGCAGAACUUUCUCUUCGAGAACAGGCCAACUAGUGUUGAUGCAGUUUUUCUCGCGCAUGCCCUUUUGACUCUACAAGCAUUACCUGAAACGUCAGUGCUGCGGAGCAAACUUUUAGAGCAUGCUAAUCUACUAAAGUAUGCUGAAAAGCUUAAGAUAGAGUUUAUAGAGGCAGGUUCUUCGUCUUCUUCUAUUCCAUAUUUUCAGUCAGACCCACCAUCAUCAACUUCAAGAAGGGGUCCUCCGAACUGGAGUUCAAAGCCUAGGAGCAAACCCAAGAGGCAAAAGACAAAGGAGGAGAAAACUUUUAGGAGAAGGGCCAAAUAUUUUUUGGCAACACAGGUUGUUGCAGUUAUACUCUUUCUCUCUUUGGUUACUAGAUCUGAUGAUGAAGUGGAGCUUGACGAAGAUGAGGGCUAUGGUUAUGAUGACUAAAAAGCAUUCAUUCACUUAUAGACAGACUUGCAUUCUCUCAUAUUUCCCUGUCUUACCAGCCAAGUUUUGCGCCGUGAUAAGGAUGAGUUUCCUUACUGUUCUUUUGUUACAGGUUCUAUGAGAAUUUUGGGAAAUAAAUAGUCAUACAAUCGAAGGAUAUGAUGUGCAUUAGAUUGAGCUGUAUGUUGUGCGGUUCAGAAGAAAUGUUCUCCAUGUUGUUGGGUUCUGAUAUUUGAUUUUUGAUUUUUGAAGGAUCCUAGUCAAAGGUUUUUUAUUAAAA